AUUCCAAGUUUAAAUUCCCCUCUUCCCAAAGUAAAAAAAAAAGUGAGAUCCACUAUAUUAUUACAUAAAAAAAAAAUUACACCAAACAAAGAGUUAUUCCUUUAAAUUUUACAUCCCACCACUUUCCCCAAUACCACAGUGCACACAAGAACUAACAUAUAAUUUAAUAUCGAGUCUCAUACAUAUUUAAUUACUAUUGUCACAUACCAUUUGGUACAUACCAUUUGGUAUUUUUGUCUUUGAAAUUGAUCCUGAUUCUUCAUUCUUUUCCUUUCUUUUUUUCACUAUGGAAAAAUUUGUUUGUCGUGCUCUCUUGUGGUUCUUAAGGAGACGGGUCACUUAUAUAUAAUAUAUUCUACCCUUUUAGAAGAUAUAUAUAUUCCUUCCUCCAACUGGCUUAACCCCACCACACACACUACACACACCCUUUUAGUACUACAACUACACUACUCCCCUUUCUUCCUGCUUAUAAGGAGCUCAAAUCCUCAUCUUUUUCUCUCAACCCAUCAUCCAUUAAUUUACUUACUUUUACACACUACUUGACCAGCUACAAAUUAAAAAGAAAAGAAAGAAAAAACACCACCCCUUUUAUUUUUUUCUUGUGUGUGUGUGUGUAGUGUUGCAUUAUAAUAUUAUGGCUUCAAACUCACUUCGUAGCUCAAGUAGUUCAUCAUGGACAGCUAUGCAAAACAAGCAAUUCGAAAGGGCGUUAGCUUUGUACGACAAGGACACACCUGACCGGUGGCUGAAGGUGGCUCGAGCUGUUGGUGGUAAUAAAUCUCCUGAAGAAGUUAAACGCCACUAUGAAAUCCUUGAAGAAGAUAUUAAGCACAUUGAAUCUGGCAAAAUCCCAUUCCCUAAUUACAGGUAGUUCUGAUCAUCUUCAAGUACGUAUCUAUAUAUAUCUAUAUAUAUUUAUAUAUAGUUAUGUUUGAUGGCAACGAAGUGAAGAAAGCUGUAGAAAAAGUUGGGUGUGUAGGAAAGUGAAUGAAGAUAAAAUUAGUUUGGUCUUCACUCAACUAAGAUUCUCUCGAUCAUGCAUGUUCCUUUUUCCUUUUUUUUUUUUUUUGUCUUUUUUCGUUUUCGUUUUUAUUGUAUUAUUUCUAUAUAUAUAUAUAUUGAUGUUGUUAAUUGUCUAGUCUAAUCUUACUGUUUAACUAUGAAAAUCAAAGGGUCGUCAUUCAAUGUAUGAACUGUUUAAUUAGUAUUUUAUAAAUUAAUAUGUAUGUUAUUAUUAUAAAAUCAUGUGUCCCCCCAAAAAAAUGAUUGUAUUAUAUACCUAUAAUGCAUGCUCUCAUGUCCCUUUCUAUAUAUACAUCCACUUUUCUUAGUCAAAGCCACAAAAUGAUAAACCUUUCAAUUCUCUAAUGAAUAAUAACCACACAAACAAAAAUAAAUAAAUGAAAUUCUAUGUACUUUAUAGUUUGUAAUAAUAACAAAUACAAUGUAAGCGAUUUUUCGUUAAC